AUGCCACCCAUCCUCACCAUGUCCAACAUCAAAGCUCGAUUCCUCAUCAUCUCUGACACUCACGCCUCGCCUAGCCUCCCUUCCUCCCUCUCCACCAUGCCAGUCGACGUAAUCAUCCACUGCGGCAACCUAACCCAGGAAUCCAAGCUUUCUGAGUUCGCCAGCGUACUAGCUUUUUUCAAAGCCAUCAACGGGCCGCUCAAGCUGGUCAUCCCCGGUAGCCACGACUUCACUCUAGACGAUGCCGUGUACGAGACCAAGAUUACGGAAACCGCCACCAAUCUAGGGGUGAAGGAGAAGGAGGAGAUAUACAGAAUUUACGGCAAAAUGGGGCAAGCUCGGCAGCUUUUGUGCUCCGAACAGGCAAAGAAGGACGGGAUUUUCUUUCUGGAUGAGGGGCGACAUCACUUCGCUUUAGGCAAUGGAGCAUCUUUAUCUGUCUAUGCUUCGCCUUAUACACGUGCCUCUUCCGACGACCACCAGGGACAAGGAAAUGAGAACUGGGGUUUCCGAUACACAAAGAGCCAGGGACACGUGUUUGAUAUUGGAUAUACUGCAGAUGUGGUCAUCACCCACGGUCCACCCCUGGGAGUUCUUGAUGUCACCGCCUCCGAUCCCAAACUCCGUGCUGGAUGUCCUUUCCUCUUCGCGGCCGUAGCAAUGGCCAGACCGAGACUACAUUGUUUUGGACAUGUACCCGCGGGAUGGGGAGCCAAGUUUGUUAGAUGGCGAGAUAGACCGGCUUAG